UCCUCGCGCACAUAGCACUCCGGAGCGGCUCCUCUUCGCAACGCCGCUGCAGUCUGGCUAUUCGGCUCCAAGUUUCCCCAUCUUCAACAUCCUCCUCUCUGGAGACUAGCGCACGGGGGGACUCCCCCUCGCCCACCCCUUCUCGGAGCGCCUCCUGCUGCUGCUCCCAGGUUUUGCAAAGAGCAGCUAUGAAGAGGAAACUAACACUCUACAAGAUGCAGUUGGUUCUUCUCGUUUUAUUGGUGGGGGUGCCAACAAGAUCAGUGCUGGCUGACUCCCUAGAAGAUGAAGCUAAGAAUAACAUCACCAUCUUUACAAGAAUACUAGACAGACUUCUGGAUGGUUAUGAUAAUCGUCUUAGACCUGGAUUAGGAGACAGUAUAACGAAAGUCUUCACUAAUAUCUACGUAACCAGCUUUGGACCUGUUUCAGAUACAGACAUGGAGUACACAAUAGAUGUUUUCUUCCGUCAAAAAUGGAAAGAUGAGAGGUUAAAGUUUAAAGGCCCAAUGAACAUCCUUCGACUGAACAACUUAAUGGCUAGCAAAAUCUGGACCCCAGACACAUUCUUUCACAAUGGGAAGAAGUCAGUAGCUCAUAACAUGACAAUGCCAAACAAACUACUACGAAUCCAGGAUGAUGGAACUCUCUUGUAUACCAUGAGGCUUACAGUCCAAGCUGAAUGUCCAAUGCACUUGGAGGACUUUCCUAUGGAUGCUCAUUCAUGCCCGUUGAAAUUUGGCAGCUAUGCAUACACAACUUCAGAAGUGACCUACAUUUGGACUUACAAUGCAUCUGAUUCCGUACAGGUUGCACCGGAUGGCUCUAGAUUGAAUCAGUAUGAUUUGCUAGGCCAAACAGUUGGAAAGGAGACCGUUAAAUCGAGUACAGGUGAAUAUACAGUAAUGACAGCUCAUUUUCACUUAAAGAGAAAAAUUGGUUAUUUUGUGAUUCAGACUUACCUCCCCUGCAUCAUGACAGUCAUUCUCUCCCAAGUGUCGUUCUGGCUGAACAGAGAAUCUGUACCUGCAAGAACAGUCUUUGGAGUAACCACUGUGUUGACAAUGACAACGUUGAGCAUCAGUGCACGAAAUUCCCUCCCCAAAGUAGCUUAUGCAACAGCCAUGGAUUGGUUUAUUGCUGUUUGUUAUGCAUUUGUAUUCUCUGCAUUGAUAGAAUUUGCCACUGUAAAUUACUUCACAAAACGAGGAUGGGCAUGGGAUGGAAAAAGCGUAGUCAAUGAUAAGAAAAAAGAGAAAGCAUCUGUCAUUAAGAAAAACAAUGCCUAUGCAGUGGCUGUUGCCAAUUAUGCUCCAAAUAUUACCAAGGACUCAGUGCUACCAACAAUCUCCAAGAGUGCUACAACCACAGAACCCAACAAGGCAAAGCCAGAAGCCAAGCCGCAAGAAGCAAAGAAAACAUUCAACAGUGUUAGCAAAAUUGACAGAAUGUCUAGAAUAGUGUUUCCAGUCUUAUUUGGUACUUUUAACUUAGUGUACUGGGCUACAUAUUUAAACAGGGAACCUGUCUUACUUGGGUUUGCUCCCUCAACCUAAAAGCUAAAUUACACUGGGGAUGUAUAGAAUCAUUAUAUCAGAUAGGUUGUUUUGCUACGUACAGUACGACUAAUAACUGCUAAUCUGUGAACCAAUAUGUACAGAGUGUAUAUAGAUAACUUAUCCGUGUAUCUCCAAAGGAGACACACAAUGUUUAUUCAUGGAUCUGUAAACAGAUAACACCCAUGGCUAAUAUAGCCAGCUCUUUAGAAGUUCUACCCAGGGGAUUUCCUCAAAACUGGGAUUCAAAUACACAGAAUUAUAUCUUCUCCAUACAAUUAGAGGAAAAUAUGGUCCUGCAUAAUUAUUUAGGAACAGUAUUUUUUUAAUUUAAAGUUAAAAUAUUUUUCUAUAAAAUAACUGAUUCUACUUUAAUGAGAAAAGCUGUCAUUAAAAAUGAUUUUUUUAAAAAACUUAUUUCAUACAAUGGAAGUGCCCAUGUAUAUUAUAGAGUGAUGAGCUCAAACUAUUCUGUUGUUCACAACCAUUUUGGAAAGUAGUUAUGUUUAAAACUUAGUAAAGAGUAUUGGAAUGCCAAGGCCAUAGUUCCUUACUUCUAGACCUGCUUUGAACUUGUUAAUGAAGUAUUCCAACUAAUUUAAGUGAGCAGUAGUGAUUAAUCAAAUUUCUAGCAUCAAUCAACUUCCACUAGAAAAAUUGUUUUAUUUUCCCCGGUGUUUGUUUCUCUGAGGUUGCUGAACCAAGUUCCCUUAUUCAGCAAGGUCAGAAAAGGUGUGGUUUUCUUUGUUUUUGUUUUUUAAAUUAGAUUGAUGUCAGGCUCAUAAAUAUUGGUAAUUGACACUCAGAAAUUUUUCAGGGUCAAGCAUAUCAGAAACAUAAAAUGCUCUUUUUCCUGCUUAGUAUUUAUAGGAAAAUCUGCCUUAAAAAGGCUUCCUCACAUCUGCCCAUAGAAGCCACUGUUUUCAAAGGAAACAGCAGUUUGUGAUUGCAAUCCAGGAAGUUGUCCUCAUGGAUAAGAUUUAUUGCUGCUUUUGUAAAUUGCAACUUUACAUUUCACUGACAUAACUUAACUUUAUAUACAAGAAAGGGUUUUGCUAAGAUUUGAAUGUUAUUUUUAAUAAACUUCAGUGCAUCAUCAGUAAUUGUCAAUUAUUUUAUACACAAAAUAUAACAAAAUUGGAGCUGCCGUUUGCAAUUUUAUAUGAAUAUUUAAUGUUAGUAAAAUUAAUUUUCAUCUGAACCUUUGCAAAUAUUCCUUAUGCCCUGAAAGGCCUGGUAAAUUAUGGCAUAACUAAUAAUUGUGCACUGUAUUUAGAUUUUAAUAUACUUGGCCAAUCAAAAAUAUUUUGAUUCACAUAUACAUUAGCAGUUAUUAGUUGACCUUUUAAAAUAGAUGCACCUUUAUGAUGGUGUGUUUACAGUAGAAACAUAUGUCAUCGUAUAGUGUCAUUUAUUGCAGUUUUGUACAGUACUUGAGUAUAGUGCAUAAAAUAGGUAUGUUCAAAGUUUGACAAACUUGUACAAAUAUUUCUAAAAUGAAUAAAUGAAUUAUCUUAAGACAUGGAAACUAGCAAAAACGAAGAAGAAUCAAACCUUGCAUUUUUUGCUGUUUAAUUUUCUUGUCUUUUCUUUGUUUUUAAUGUGAUUCUAUUUUGUGCUUUGCAUGACAGUAUAGAUGCCAAGGUCACAAAUGCAUUUUAUUAGUAGACUUUACAAUGAAGACAGACUUGACUUUAGUCAAACAAGAUAUUCCAUAUGACAUCAGUAAAAUAGAAGGGAGAACCACUGGUGAAAUGUGUAUUCCCUUCAUCCCCUCUAAUAAAUCCAUCUUAAUUCAUCAACGAUAGUUGAAAAACAAGCACUUUACUCAAAACAUUAAAAUAGAAAUAUCCUUAUUUUCAUAUAUUAUAUUUAUAUAUAAAUGUAGAUCUUCCAUGUAAUACAGAAAUGUGUGCAAUAGGGUGAUGAAGUGUGUAAGGUCUGAAGGCAAGCAAUAAAAAGUUUUUUCAUGGUAUAAUUAUACAUUUUAAAAAUGUUUUAUUUGUAAACUAUAAAAGAUCCCUUUAAUGUCAUAGUGUCCAGGUAUAACAUAUAUACAUAUGUACAUAUGUAGAAUAUUUGUAAAUAUUGGUCCUGUAGAAAAAUCCUUUCAUGUUUCUCUCUGUUUCUGGCAAAGGGCUCUGACUAUGUGGUAUAGUGGAGGCCCAAGCUUAUCUGCUCUCAGACUCUGAGUAGGCUGAUCACUGUUUUCAUGUACCUUUGGGCACCAUCCUGCAACCUGAUGGGAGCUCUCAACUCCCAUUAACUUCAACAGGAGUUGAGGACUCUCAGCACCUCACAGGUUUGGGCUUAUAAAGAGUAAGAUCUGUAUUCUACCCCAGUUACAUCCCAGAUAGCUUAACAAAGUUAGGUUUGCUGUCUCAAAUAGUGGGAAGUCAGAACUCUGCCCUCUAGAUACAUGAGGAGUGCUUAAUUUGUGCCAGGGCUGAGCCCCAGCCCAGCACCUUUGGGCUUGUUGAAUCAGUCAUGAAUACAAAAAAAAUGACUUGAGCCAUGGCACAUAAUCUGGCACUUCUUUCAUUACAAAUUAAGCACUGUAUAUGAGUGUGUCCAGAGGUGCAUUUAAUUAUGUGAUGGGAGAGAGCUGUGUAUCCUUGUUUUUUUUUUUUAAAGGAAUACACACAGAGGUAUCUGACUUACAAAAUCAAGCAAGUCCUUUCAUCGCUUCAGAAAAUUAAUAUGCUUAAUUUAUAGCUGCACUGGGCCUGCUGUAAAUUGUGCACCUUCAGCUUCACAGAGGGCCUGCUUCUGUUCCCACCUAAAUCAAUGGGAAUUUGGGGAGCAGGGUCAGAAAUAAUGUGUUAGGAGCAACUAUUUAAUUCACUGAACAGUCCCUAUGGACUUGUGCAACACUUAGAGUAAAUUGCAUAACCACCAGACCUUUAGCACAUACUUUAGAUGUAGAAAAACAAAACCAUUUAAAUGCAAUCUAUGUGCACAAAUAUCCUUUCAGAGAACUACAUGCAGCUCCUGCUGAAGUCAGUAGGAUUUGCAAGGGUAUAUCUAAAAGCGGAGUUUCAGCUCAAAGUCUUGUACAGUUGGUCUAGAUUUAACGUUGGCUUCUUUUGUUUAUUGCAUUUUAAGCAAUUUCUGUCAGUUGUCCUUAUGAUUCCAAUGUUAAAUCAUUUAUGAUGAUGAAAAUGACUAAAAAUAAAUCUGAUGAGUUCUUAAGAGUGACAACUGUAUAGCUGAAUGCGAAGAUUUAAAUAAACACAAGACCUUAACACGAA